CCUAGAAUGAACUCCACUUCCCAGCAUUCCCGGCGGUGGCCGUAAAGCGCGAGGGCCGACCGGCCGGGUUCCGGGGCUGAAUGUCAGUACCGGGCUGUAAGGCUUGGGGGGAAGGUGGUUGGCGGUUCGUCUGCGGCAGUCGCCGCCACCGUUGCCGCUUCUGCUGCCGCGGGUUUUCGGCGGCUCCCGGGAUGAAGCCGUGAGGGGAAACCACAGGGAGGGGGCCGCGGAGAUGUUUGGCCGCUCGCGGAGCUGGGUGGGUGGGGGACAUGGGAAGUCCUCCCGCAGCAUCCACUCCUUGGACCACCUAAAAUAUUUGUAUCAUGUUUUGACCAAAAACACCACAGUAACUGAACAAAACCGGAACUUACUAGUGGAAACUAUACGUUCUAUCACGGAGAUUCUUAUUUGGGGGGAUCAGAAUGACAGCUCCGUAUUUGACUUUUUCCUGGAGAAGAAUAUGUUUGUUUUCUUCUUGAACAUCCUGCGUCAGAAAUCUGGUCGUUAUGUCUGUGUUCAGUUGCUACAAACCUUGAACAUCCUUUUUGAGAAUAUUAGUCACGAGACCUCACUUUAUUAUUUGCUGUCUAAUAACUAUGUAAAUUCUAUCAUUGUCCAUAAAUUUGACUUUUCUGAUGAGGAGAUUAUGGCAUAUUAUAUAUCAUUCUUAAAGACGCUUUCAUUAAAACUCAACAAUCACACCGUUCAUUUCUUUUAUAAUGAGCACACAAAUGACUUUGCCCUGUACACAGAAGCCAUCAAAUUUUUUAAUCACCCUGAAAGUAUGGUCAGGAUUGCUGUAAGAACCAUAACUUUAAAUGUUUAUAAAGGUGAGUUGUCAUUGGAUAACCAGGCCAUGCUGCACUACAUCAGAGAUAAAACUGCAGUUCCUUACUUUUCCAAUUUGGUCUGGUUCAUUGGGAGUCAUGUGAUUGAAUUGGAUACCUGUGUUCAGACUGAUGAAGAACAUCGGAAUAGAGGAAAACUGAGUGAUUUGGUAGCUGAACAUCUUGACCAUCUGCAUUACCUCAAUGACAUCCUUAUCAUCAAUUGUGAAUUUUUAAAUGAUGUACUUACAGAUCACUUACUCAAUAGGCUUUUUCUGCCUCUUUAUGUAUAUUCACUGGUAAAUCAAGACAAGGGAGGAGAACGUCCAAAAAUAAGCCUUCCAGUUUCCCUUUAUCUUCUGUCACAGGUUUUCCUAAUUAUACACUAUGCACCACUGGUGAACUCAUUAGCUGAGGUCAUUCUGAAUGGGGAUCUGUCCAUAUUGUGUUGUGGGACUGAACAAGAUGUUCAGAGAUGUUCUAUAAAAUCCAGCAUUAGGUGUUUCAUUAAACCAACUGAAUCACUGGAAAGAUCUCUUGAAAUAAACAAGCAGAAGGGAAAGAAAAGACUGCAAAAGAGACCCAACUAUAAAAAUGUUGGUGAGGAAGAAGAGGAGGAAAAAGGCCCUGAAGAAACCCAGGAAGAUGCUGAUAAGGCCAAAGGUAUAGAAGGUACUUCAAAAGGCAUCAAGUCAGGUGGGGAUAGUGAAGAAAUAGAGAUGGUAAUCAUGGAGCGAAGCAAACUAACCGAAUUAGCCAUUUCUGUAGUGACAGAACAGAAUACAACGGAUGAAGAGAAGAGUGCUGCUGCCUCUGGGAGUGAAACCACACAGUGGAACAGGCCUUUCCUUGAUAUGGUAUAUAAUGCAUUGGACAAUCCUGAAGAUGAUUAUCAUGCCCUUUUUGUGCUCUGUCUUCUAUAUGCCAUGUCUCAUAAUAAAGGAAUUGAUCCAGAGAAAUUAGAUAGAAUUCAGCUUCCAGUGCAGACUGAAGUUGAGAAGAUCUCGUAUAACCACCUACUUGCCGAAAGACUCAUUAGGAUAAUGAACUAUGCUGCUCAGCCUGAUGGAAAAAUCAGACUGGCCACUUUGGAACUUAGCUGCUUGUUACUAAAGCAGCAAGUCAUGACAAACAGUGGCAGCAUUAUAAAGGAUGUUCACCUUGCCUGCCUUGAGGGUGCAAGAGAGGAAAGUGUUCACCUUGUGAGGCAUUUUUAUAAGGGAGAAGAAAUUUUUUUGGAUAUGUUUGAAGACGAAUAUAGGAGCAUGACAAUUAAGCCUAUGAAUGUGGAAUAUUUAAUGAUGGAUGCCUCUAUCUUGCUUCCUCCAACUGGAACACCUCUAACUGGGAUUGACUUUGUAAAGCGAUUGCCAUGUGGUGAUGUAGAAAGAACCCGUAGAGCAAUUCGAGUUUUCUUCAUGUACCGCUCAUUGUCACUACAACUUCGAGAUGAACCAGAAACCCAGUUACCACUGACAAGAGAAGAAGACCUGAUAAAAACAGAUGAUGUUCUAGAUCUGAAUAACAGCGAUUUAAUUGCCUGUACAGUGAUUACAAAAGAUGGAGGUCUCGUACAGCGUUUUCUAGCUGUAGAUAUUUAUCAAAUGAGUUUGGUGGAGCCAGAUGUUGCCAGACUAGGGUGGGGCGUAGUCAAGUUUGCGGGUCUCUUGCAGGAUAUGCAGGUGACUGGAGUAGAAGAAGAUAGUAGAGCUCUGAACAUUAUUAUUCACAAACCUGCUUCCAGCCCUCACUCUAAACCUUUCCCCAUUCUCCAAGCUACUUUUGUAUUUUCUGAUCAUAUCCGCUGUAUUAUUGCAAAGCAACGCUUAGCAAAAGGUCGUAUCCAGGCCCGGCGUAUGAAGAUGCAGCGUAUUGCUGCACUCCUGGACCUUCCAAUCCAGCCUUCAACAGAAGUCAUGGGGUUUACACUCACUACUUCAGCUUCAAACCAGCACCUGCCUUUCCGAUUCUAUGAACAAUCUCGCCGUGGCAGCAGUGAUCCAACUGUGCAGCGUUCUGUUUUUGCAUCUGUUGACAAGGUACCAGGUUUUGCUGUGGCCCAGUGUAUAAACCAGCAUGGCUCAUCACCCCUGUCAUCACCAUCUCCUCCUUCCAGUGGCAGUUCCAGUGGUAGUGGGAGUACGGGGCGCUGUGACUCGGUUGCACCCAGCUCCACUUCCACUCCUUCUGCAGCACAAAGCCCAUCAGAUAUUCCUAUACCUCCUGAGCAGCUCCCGCUGAUCUUUCCUGACCAAGUGGUGAUUGUUAAUGAAAUCCCUGCAACUUCCAAGCCCAGCAAGAGCCUUGGAAAGAGUUCAGAAGUGGAAACUGCUAACCUGUCCCCCAGCCUGAUUCCUGCCCAGCAGCCCACCAUCUCUCUCAUUUCUGAUGACACUACAGAUGCACUGAGUGUGGAAUCUUUGACCCUGGUUCCUCCAGUUGACCCACACAGCCUCCGCUCUUUGACCUGUACCCCUCAGUCUUCCACACAGACGGAAACGUAUAAAGUGACAGAGGGUGAGAUUGCCCCUCCUGAGCCAGCAGACCAUUCUGAACAGUGAUACAGCUGAUUUUGCUCCAUCUUCAUUUGUGGUCCCUCAAAAAGCUAUAGGGACUAAAUGGUAGCUACGUGAAGGAUACUUGUGAAAUAGCAAGAAUUUUAAGAAGGGGUAGUAGCCUAUCCUAUCAAGUAUUGUUUCUGUCUCUUAAAAUGAAAGAAACCUAGUUCUCAAUUCAAAUUUGCAUUUCUCGUGUUGUACCUAAGAAACAACCAGGCAUAAAAGAAAUUGAUGCAGACAGUUUCACACCAGACUACCAUAAUUACACCUUCGUGAUGCUGCUCCAUGUUUGCAGCCAAUUGAAGAAACUUCUGUGUGACAUUCUUCUUAUUCUUUUUGUUAGACUUCAGACCCAUAACACUUGUCCAGAAAGAGGCAAAAGACAGACACAAAAAUGGCUUUUGUAGUUAUGUCGAACCCACCACCUUAGAAAACUGUUGCCAUUCAGCUGAAGUUCUGUUUUCAUUUUGUUCACUUUGGGUUGACCCAACAGAUUUAUCUAACAGUAGCAGAUGAGGUCAUUUCAAAAGAUACUCAAAACAAGAUGAACUGUAGUAAUGUCUCAUUGGUGUCAUAUUUAUUUCAGCAUUUGAUACGACUAGAAACAUUUAUUUAAAAAAAAAAAGAAAAACAACCACCACCACCUCAUUCCUGAAGUUUCUUGUAAUGCUAACAGUAUAAUGUAUAAUUUUUUUCCUUGAAAUUACCUAUCUUUUCAGAGCUGUCUAUGAAGAAGAUAUGGUAUGCUUCUCUGUCUUAAGUGAUAUUAUGUCCUCAUUACUCACCAACCCAGCUCUGCAUGCCUGUUGAAUGAAAAAGCACCUUCCUAGAAAGCUUUAGAUUCUUUUUUUAAACAAAGAAGGGAUUUGAAGAUAUCACGUAUAGUAGAUUUCUUUACCACAGCCAAGAAGCCCUGUUUUACUCUUUAAUGAGAUCAUCUUUUUCUUGAAAGGGUAAAACGUUCAAAGAAAACUUGUACUCAGGCUUUUAUUCUGUAACCAAAUGUGAACUGUUUUGAACAUCCCCUUUAGUUAUUGCCAUCUUUGUAUGAAACAUUAUUGCACCUCUGUAUGGGGCAAAGAAAGAAAUGUGGAAAACCAUGAGGACUGCAGAAUAGACUUCCUAUAAUUUACACAAGUGAAAAAUGAGAUUUUAUCUACUGAGUUUGCUCAGAAAACCAGUUUUGUGGGCUCAUUUGCAAAGGUAGAGAUCCAAGAGCCAGUUAAUAAUCUCAGUGGUUAUGACAUUCAAGCCUUUUGCAGUCUUGAGGGUCACUCUCCUCCCUCUCCCUUCUGAACCAUCAUACAGAUGUGCAAGGUUGUUUGCAAAACAAAACCAGACUCUAUAUUUCCUGUCUCUCAUCCUUUCAACAUUACAUUUUGGUUUAAACGAGGAUGAGCACAUUGGUAUACAGAAAACUAAACUAAUAAUUACAUACACCUUUUUACAAAGCAAAAUUAUUUACCAUCCACAAAUAGUUAAUAUAUUACUCGUCUUGAUCCAUUCAACAGCAAAACCUAAAGACUACUUUCUUUUUGGUGAAGAAUUAGCCCAGCAGAUGUAUUGAUAGUAAUUCUCCUACUGCUGUUGACUUUGAGCUUGUUGAUGAAGCUAUCAGACUAUCCGUGGCACAUCUUAGAAGAUGUGAUCAACCAGAGGAGCAGUGUCCUUGCAACAUGUUUCAAACUUGUCAUAUGUUUUAUAGCCUGUUGACCUGCAAAAAUUCCGAUGUUACAUCACUGGAAUAGAAAUGGCCUAAAAGAAUUGCAAACAGUGGAUAAAGAAGUCAGAAAAAUGUGGUGUGGGCUCCGAAGCACUCCAAACAGCGCUCCCACUUAGUUUCAUCCUUCAGACCUCCAAUCAGAAACAUGACAACAGGUGGACCCUCCAUAUCGACAAAGAAAAUAUCCAAUCUGAAACAGAUACUGUUUGAGCAGAAGUGAAUAAGGCCCUUACAAAGACAGUAAAAAACCAUAGUUAUUAUUGGAGCUAUCAUGAGUUCCCCUGCAAAGGAAGGGAUGGCAGGUAGAAAAGGGCAAAAGAUGAUGGAAUUAAACGAAUAAAGGAAUGGGUGACCCUCCCCCCCCCAAACAACUAAUUACUCAGUAUUUACUCAUUUUCUUCUUACAGCAGCAUGAGUGUGUAUCAGGGGAGGGCAACAUUUCAUACACAUGGAGUUUCCCUCUUACCCUCUUGGAAGCCAGUAAACCCCUGAGAAGUAUGCUACUUCUGUUUUUUAAAUUAUUUGUACUCAAUUUUUCUGGCAACAGAAAAUAGAGAAACACAGCUACUUUCCAGGCCACUGUCAUUUUAAAAAGGAAUAAUAAUAAUAAUAAUAAUAAUACUUUCCCAGAAAUUGAAAAUGAAAGAGGCCUCUACCUGAAAUCCUAUAGAACCAGAUUUACUGAAAUAAUGUGGUUUCACUGAUUAUCAGUGAAUUAUCAGAGCACUGUGAAAAAAAAAUUGCAAGUUGUGGGAUCUUUGGUCAUGGGGAUCCUCUGAUUUUUAAGUAUUUUCAGUGUGGUUCAGUGUACCCUUGAGAAUUUGUAAUGGGACUAGUGCGCUUUGGCUUUUACUGAAUGCAAAUUGUAACCUUUUAUUCGAAGACUCUUAAAUUCCUUCUUUUCAGAGAAUAACUAUUCUAAGAAAUUAAGGAUAUUUUGAUCACAUAGAACAGCUUUUGUGAUUUAAUGUGUUCCCUCCAGUUUUUUUUCUUCUUGAGCUACUUGCUUAAUAUAAAAUAAUUGUGUCAUAGGCCAUUUUCUCUUGCCAGACAGUUUCAAGUGAUUAUGAAUGAACAGAAAAGGUAGGACUCAGAUUUUUGUAAGAAGGAGAUUCCCAAAGCAAUAUUUAAAAGAAGCAUCUCAUUCAUUUGAUUGGGUAAUAGGGAAAUAAAAGGACAUUGGGAUUUUACCUCACUGAAAUGUUGGUGCACACCAAGAGGAGUGAGUGUGAUCAUAAACUUUAAUCAUCUUGGUAUUCUGAACUCUGCUGCAGAGUGUCCAUAUGGUAUUGACUUUUUAGAAUGCUUCAGUACUUGUGGGACCCUUUGGACUGUAGUGUAUUUAAUUUGCUUUAAACUGGGGAAAUAGUUGCAGACUUUACACCAAGCAAUCUUGACACUGAGGUUGAAGAAACAGAACUGCCCAACACACACUGUUGCUGCCAUUCUUAUUACUUCAAACUUUCAACAGGUCAUUACAAGGAUUCUUUCUUGCCACAGAAGCGAAUCUUUGCUUCCCUCAUCACUUUACAGGUUUAAUAAGAACUGUGGAUUUUAAAUUAUAUGUAUAUGUUUACACGAACACCAUCAUUGAGUGUAUAGCCAAACCUGUGUAGACCAAAUUCUCAUCAUCUUUUGCACUGGACAGUUAGGUUAGCCUUAGGAAAAACUUUGGAAUUAUCAUGUCCUAACCCCAAAUCCUUGGAAUUCAGCUCAGAAAAUCUCUACCACCUGCCGGAAAUGCAGGUACAGCCUUUGGUUCAGCCCUAUUCCAAUUCUCUUGCUUCUUGACCUAGCCCUUGAUGUGGGAACAGAAGAUUAAUUUGCCAGAGUAGGGGGGCCAGUAUUGUUCGUCACUUUGACUUGAAUCCCAAAUGCUUUCUCUGAAGCAUGUAAUACAAGCAGCAUCACAGUCCUGGGUUUAGCUUAAAUUCCAGAGAUUGGGUGUGCAGUCAGACCACUCCCAACAUAUUGGAUUAUGUAACACUUUUAAAGUGUAGCUAAAAACAAGCAAACCUGGCCUCGUGGAACUAGAAUAGCAAAUGUAAUGAAUUCCACGUAAGUGGUCUUCUGAAGAUUGUUGGGUGGAGGGACAUGUACUUUUCCUGAUUUAUGUUCUCUGGGGAAGUGAGGAGAGGAGGAAUGGGGAUGAAAGGAAAUUGGCAAACUAAAGUGACUUUGACUUCUGUAAUCCCAUGGUUACUACUGAGGCAGACAAGUUGCCACUAUGAUUGUUAUAACAUGAAAUGAAAGUCCUUCAAAAAAUUUAAUUUAAACUAAAGAGAACCAGGUUUUAGAGAGCAGGAUAGAGGUUGAAAUGGAUUUCAUUUAACUUUUCCUUUUAAAACACAUUAUAUUUUACUAUCUUAUUUGCUCUUCACUGCAAUGGAAAGGGGACGAGGGGGCCCCUUUUUUUAAAGGGUGUCCAACCUUUAUACAAGUGCUAGAUAAGCACUCGCCAAGCAAAAAAAAAAAAGGAUCAGGUAAGUAGUAGAAUGCACAUAUUUAUAUGUAAAGUGGUGUACAGUACUUGAUAACACAUAGUUCUGAAGAUGCACUGUAAAAAUUAAAAUACAGGGAAAAUUCUGAUCUUUUUCUAGAGGCAAUAAAUAUAUUUAAUCUAAGUCAUGUUAAAUGUUUGGAGUGAAUGUAAUAAUACAUUAUGUUUCUUUAAAUAAUAGAUGUAAAUGCUAGAUGUUGGAGAGGAGCAUAUUUGGGAAAUCUUGGUACAGUAGAUGUUUCUGAAAAUGUGGCCCAUUCUAGGGAAGUACCUGCAUUUGCUGGCAUGAGUCACAGUUCGUGUGUACUAAGCAUGAGGGUGGAAAUGAAAACUGGAACUUCCUUGUAAAUUUAACUUGGUAAUAAAAAAUGGUGUUACAGAGAA